AUGAACGACCGAGAAACGUAUGCGUCCACACCUCGAUUCGAGAAUUAUCAAAAUGCGCCCAGCUCUCAACCCAAUGUCACCGCCCUUCCAGAGACGACGAGCAAAGGGAGUGGCAGGGCCAAGAACAACUUCAUCGAUGUCGACUUGAAGAAGCGUCUCCUGACAUGGAAGGACAAGCAGGUCAUGUUCUCAAUAAUCGUCCUGAUCAUCGCACCAAUCUUGACAUUCGGAGCAGUUGCCAUGCUCGGCUUCCUCUGGUUUGGAAAUCCCGACUCAUCAGGAUGGCACUCUAUCAUCGCCGGCAAAGGUCUAUCAAAAGCCAUUGCCAUCUGCGUCGAAGUCUUUCGACAGGCUUCCAGCUUCCAACUCGGCGUCGCCGUCAUACUUCCCUCCAUGGCUUCGGUCUCGAUGAUGCGGGCAACAGCCGCCAGCUCGACCAUCUUCGUCAUGCUCUGGCACUACAUCUCUAGCUUCUGGUCGGCCAAGUUCCGUCUCUCGAGCGUCUUUGACCUCGUCCUGGUCGUGGCCGUGCUCUGGACCAUCGACCAGCUCAUGAUGAUCAUCCUGCUGACCGAUGUGAGCUUGCGGCCGGUCCAGGGGUUUCCGGUGGCAGAGCAGGUCGCGUACAACUUCCACUACAAUAUAUCCGGCGAGACCAACGUCAUGCAAAGCGGAGUUAUCUGGCGCGAAGGGACUUGGCAUCUCAAGGCGCCGUAUUACACUACUUUCGCCGAGUACUCCGAACCUCCAUACGUGGCUGAUGGUCCCUAUCAGGAUAACUUUCUCUACAAUGAAUUCAUGCCCUUUUCAUGCAUUGCUUCUAUGCAGGAUGACGCCACGAAAGCAGGCGAGUGGAGGCUGUCCUUAUGCCAACUGGAUGAGGGCGGCUCUGGUCUCCAGUACAAUAGUGGUCUAGUCAGCGAGUUCAAGGACUUGUCAGCUUGGUUCAACCGAACAGAGUCAUCCAUGAACCCGACCUUUAACGCCGAUACGUCUGCUUACACGUUCGAGGGUCUCCGCCGUGCCAUGGGACAGCACAAGUCCCAAUCCCACGACGACCGGGGCAUCAUGAACUUGGCACCACAGAAAUGGGCCACAGGUCCUGGCGACUGCGUCGCCGGAGACCGAACCUGGUACGGCGCCGAGGGCACGCCCUACGAGGGCUCCUCCGCCAGCAUAGUCGGCCACGAGCCCUUCAUGCGCGCCAUCGCCGGAAAAGAGGGGAACAUAACCGGGCUGCUCCGGUCGUCCUCGCCGUGCGUCACCUCGCUCUUCGGUGACACGCAAUGCGUCACCGUUGAGCCCAUGCACGUCUCGCUCGUACAAGAGACCCUCCAGACGGGCGGGUCGACGGCAUUCGCCCUGCAGACCGCCAUCACCCUGCUUUCCAGUAUGGCGUACUACGAUCAGAUUGGCCAGUUCGACAAGUUGGCGGACGCACAGCAGACCUUCUGGGUCGUCGCGGACGCGCCGGUUGGGCACCACGGGUUAGCUGUCGUGGUGGCGAGUAUGGUAGCACACGUGCUCGUGACCGUGGUCAUCUUGUUCAUGUUUCUGCGGCAGACGUCGCUGUCGCGGCUGGGCGCCUCGUGGAGCACCAUGGCGCAGGGCUUGUCUGGAGAUGCGAGCGAGUACCUGAAUCACGGCCCUGCUGAGUGA